GCGUGCCAAAUAUCUCCUCCAACCAAUGGACUUCAUCCUUCCCAUAUCCUUCUCUCUCCCCUCCUCUCUCUUCCCAUUUUCUCAACACAAUAAAAAGUUUUAUCAUUAUUACACAUAAAAAAAAAAGAAAGGGGGAAAGAAACUUUAAAAACUAAAUUUAGCACUUGAUAACAGUCCCCCCCGUCCUCCUCCUCCUCCUUUUGCUGCAAUAGUUGAGACGCGAGCAGAACCGCAUGAUGGCCACAGCUGCGGUUAUUGGACUAAAUGCAGGAAAGAGGAUUCUUAGCUCUACAUUCUAUUCUUCUGAAUUCACUUUCAUCGAUCAUGGGUCUCCACAAUUUUCAGCUCCAACAUCCAAGAGCAUCAUAAUUGCUAGAAGAUCUUCACAUCCGAAUACCAGUGUUCCCUCAGAGAGGCACUCAGUAUCCAUCAAGGCAGUAAAAGAACAUACAGAUACUAUUUCUCCUAUAGCUACCGAUGACUGGUCAGACCUCAUUGAAGAAGAAGAAGAUGGUGAUUCUGAUAUUAAAUCUUCGCUCGAGGUUUUCCUUCUGUUGCAGAAAUCUAUGCUGGAAAAACAAUGGAAGCUUUCUUUCAAUCAGAUGAGUACUGCAACUGCUCCUGGUGAAACAUGCAGGAAAACUGAAGUUAUUCGAUCAGGGAUUUCUGCCAGGAAAAGGAGAACAAGUACCAGAACAAAAUCCAUUAACCAGAGUUCAUAUGUGGGAAUAAUGGAGGAAGGAAAACAGCUUCGAGCAGCUGUAAGUCCUGAAUUGCUGCAGGCUAAGUUAACAGGUUAUGUUAGGGGGACAGUUAGUGAAGAUUUGCUAACUCAUUCUGAAGUUGUUCAUCUCUCAAAGAAGAUCAAAGCUGGUCUUUCAUUGGAGGAUCAUAGAGCAAAAAUGAAGGGAAAAUUGGGUUUUGAACCCUCUGACAAGCAGCUGGCAUCAUCACUGAGGAUGUCACAUUCUGAACUGCGUUCAAAGUUAACUGAAUGUUCAUUAGCAAGAGAGAAGCUAGCAAUGAGCAAUAUUCGACUUGUUAUGUCCAUUGCCCAAAAAUAUGACAACUUGGGUGCUGAGAUGGCUGAUCUUAUUCAGGGUGGUUUAAUCGGAUUAGUACGUGGGAUAGAGAAAUUUGAUUCUUCCAAAGGCUUUAGGAUUUCAACUUAUGUGUAUUGGUGGAUUCGUCAGGGCGUCUCACGAACAUUGGCUGAGAAUUCAAGAACCUUAAGGCUACCCUUGCAUUUGCAUGAGAGGUUGAGCUCAAUUCGAAAUGCAAAGAUUAGAUUGGAAGAAAGAGGGAUUACACCAUCAGUAGAUAAACUUGCCAAGUGUCUGAAAAUAUCUGAGAAGAAAGUGAGAAACGCUACAGAGGCAGUUAGUAAGGUACUUUCCCUUGACAGGGAAGCCUUCCCCUCUCUCAAUGGACUUCCCAGCGAGACCCUUCACAGUUACAUUGCAGAUAAUAACGUUGAGAACAUCCCUUGGCAUGGAUUCGAAGAAUGGUCUCUCAAGGAUGAAGUGAACAAGCUUCUGUGUGCAACACUUGGUGAACGGGAAAGAGAGAUUAUAAGGCUCUAUUAUGGUAUAGACAAUGAGUGUCAUACAUGGGAGGAUAUAAGUAGACAGUUCGGUCUUUCCAGAGAACGAGUUAGACAAGUGGGGCUUGUAGCCUUGGAGAAGCUUAAGCACGCAGCACGCAAGAGGAAAUUAGAAGCAAUGCUGGUGAAACAUUGAGAUGGAGGUGUAGGAGAGUGUCAUAAAUUUUAUGACUAUAUACCCAUCAAAAUCAUGUGAUGACUGUAUAUAUAAAGAAAAGGAAUAGGAAAUGUGUAAAGUUCAUAGUUAAUUGCCAGGAUAAAAUGAUAUACAUGUACAUGUAUUGAACUGAGAGAACUUUACCAUUAAUUGGAUCCUUAAUGAGAUGAGAAAUUUUGAUUGUAUCAAAUUUUCAAGUACUAAUAAAAACAUAUGUUUAAUA